CGUCCACAAUGACCGCAACGCCCGGGUCUCGACGCACUCAUCUACCAGGCAUCAACCCUUCCACAUCCUUCUUCCGUCCAUCACGUCCAUCCUUUUCGCGACCGUCGUCGUCGUCGUCGCAGCCCGAUGAGCAGCAGUACGACUCAGACGCUUUCCCACUUAAGCGGCUCCACCCACUUGACGAGGACGACCACCGGCCAUUCCGCCUGACGUCUAAGUCCUCUUCCGUCUCUUCGCCGAGCCCAAUUCCUUCUUCUUUCAAUCCGACGCCCCCCCCGCUCCCUCUCAACUCAAUUAUCGCUACAGACCCCAUAUCUCAUCGAACAAUUCGACGCUAUGCGCAACACCCUUCUCGCAAUCGGUUUUUCUUUCAUGGACGGCUUCUGACCAGCGGAGAUACGCCCUGGGCAUUCGCCGCCGCCUUGUGCAUAGUGUUUGGCAUAUCUGGAGCCUUCUUUAGCUCAACCGCUGUCUGGUGGUGGCAUAAUGAAGGUCCGGGAGGUAUUGUGUUAGUGGUGAUAACUGCCUACCUCUCCCUUGUGACGAUCGUCAGUAUGCUCGUAACAGCAUUUACUGACCCGGGCAUCUUGCCUAGAGGUCUGGAUGAAGAUCCACCGUAUCAUGAAGUGGAGAGUGGAGAUGGAUCGAGUGCACCCAUGCCGAGAAUCCUAAAGGUCCGAGCUGAUGUCGUACGCGUCAAAUAUUGCCCUACGUGCCGAACAUACCGUCCACCACGAUCUACUCAUUGCAAACUCUGCGACAAUUGUAUCGACGGCUGCGAUCAUCACUGUCAGUGGGUGAAUAACUGUGUCGGUCGCCGCAAUUAUACAUCUUUCUUCACUCUUCUUCUUGCCGCCGCCAUGACCCUCGUCGUUGUCAUAAUAUCUUCUGCUCUGCAUCUUUACUUCCUCACCCGGCGUAAUGACAUCGCUUUCCGGAAGGCCUUGAGCCACGGUCAAGGUACAGGAAGCGCGGUGGCCUUUUGUCUGAGCAUCGCGGUCAUUUGGCCUAUUGGCGCGCUCCUGACGUAUCAUAUGCGCCUACUCCUGCUCAAUAUUACGACGAUAGAACAGAUACGAAACCAGGCCCACAAGACGCUCGUCGCUGGACCUGCACCACCCAAUCCGUUCUCACAUGGCUCGUGGAGGAGAAAUAUUGUUGCUGUGUUAUGUAGACCCAGAGGAUAUUCCUGGCUUGAUCCCACGGGAGUAGUAAUGGAGGACAGGAGAGAGGUUAAUCCUGGAAUGCAUAUCGGGGUGGAUGUCGUCUAGCUCGCUCCUUGAUUAUACUGUUAACCCCUCUUGUAUUCGGGUUCUAGGGUUUAUACUUAUUCCAUGGUCAAUACUGACAAUCAUCAAUUGAGGUGACGCAUCAAUACAACACUUCUCGUUUUCCUUCAAGUUCUCUGUAGCGGAUGUAGGAAUACAGGGUGAUAACAUUAAGAAUAAGAUGGAUAUGUGCGUGCGUCAGUAGUCGUUAAAAGUCCGUAAAUGUGCCUGUAAUAAAAU